CAUAAUCACCCUCGCUUCUCUUUUAUGCCGGCCUGCUUCGGACUCCCAAAUUACCCGAGAAUUUAAAAUAAGGAAAAAGAAGACGAUAAUCGGAUUUAAUUUCCUUUUCUUUUGUUCAAUUAAUCGGUGUGUUACUUUUCCCGGAGAAAAAGGUGGUGCCGGGGCGAAAUUUCGCCGUGAAAGUGAGGGAUCAUAAACGGUGAUGGUGCGCGGCGGAAGCGUAGCAGGACUACCGACAGCGGUGAUGGCGCACGGGCUCAAAGACGCCUCCAGUUGGUGGGAACAAAUUAACGAAUCUCGGGUCUGGCAGGAUCGAAUCUUUCACGUCCUCACUGCUCUCUACGGCGUCGUCGCCGCCGUUGCUCUUGUUCAACUGGUUCGAAUACAAUUGAGAGUGCCAGAGUAUGGAUGGACCACGCAGAAGGUCUUCCACUUUCUCAAUUUCUUGGUGAAUGGGGUUCGGUCAUUGGUUUUUGUGUUUCGUCGGGAGGUGCAGAAGAUACAACCAGAGAUUGUCCAACAUGUCUUGCUUGAUAUGCCAAGUCUUGCUUUCUUCACGACAUAUGCGCUUUUGGUUCUUUUCUGGGCAGAGAUUUACUAUCAGGCACGUGCUGCAUCUACAGAUGGACUUAGACCAAGUUUCUUUUCAGUUAAUGCAGUGGUUUAUGCUGUUCAGAUUGCUAUGUGGCUGAUAUUAUGGUGGAAGCCUAUACGAAUUGUGGUCAUCCUAUCAAAGAUGUUCUUUGCAGGUGUCUCUUUGUUUGCAGCCCUUGGGUUUCUCCUAUAUGGUGGAAGACUCUUCUUGAUGUUGCAGCGCUUCCCUGUAGAAUCCAAAGGACGACGUAAAAAGCUGCAAGAGGUUGGCUAUGUGACAACUAUAUGUUUUACAUGUUUCCUUGUUAGAUGCAUUAUGAUGUGUUUUAAUGCAUUUGAUAAAGCAGCAAACCUUGAUGUUUUGGAUCAUCCUGUUCUAAACUUAAUAUAUUAUGUGUCGGUGGAGAUAAUACCUUCUUCUUUGGUCCUUUUCAUUCUGAGGAAGUUGCCUCCAAAACGUGGGAUCACUCAAUAUCACCCUAUUCGCUAAGAGGAUUGAAGAUCAACAGAUGAUGAAAAACAGAGCUAGAGAAAGGGGAGUAAUGGAUGAGUCAACUUUUGAGAUAUGCUUAUCUAGCCUCUAAAAAGAACAAGAGCUCUAUUUAAAAAAAAAAAAAAAAAAAUAUGUGCUUGCUCCUCUGGGGGUUGUAGAUUUGUUGAAAAGAAUUUCUAAAGAUAGUGAAAUAUGUUGCGACUCUGUUAGACAUUUAGUGUCAUGAUCUUUGCUUUGUAUGUCUCAACUCUCGACAUCGUGUAAUCAGUGUUCUUUUUGGUUCCACGCGAUACAACUUUGUGAGCAUCCAUGCAUGCUAUGAUUUUAAGGAAAAGAAAAGGAUGUGAGAAAAGAGAGCUUUCUCGUAUGCUUGAGGAUAAUGAAUUUGUGAAACUAGUGAAAAUGUGAUCUCUGCCAGAUUUUAUGAAAUUGUGUUAGAAUAUUGGUGAA